AUGACCAAAAUGUUAUCUAAUUUGGACAAACUGGUUUCUUGUGAUCGGCCGGCUGAUUGCAUUUUGUGGGUAGGACUGUUGGCAUUUCACCAGGCAUUAAUCAGUAACCCCCAAGAUGCUUUUGAGAUCUGGGUUUUUGCUUCUGUUCUGUAUAAUGGAAAAUGGGAGGAAGGUGUUAAAUUUGCAAGCGAACAUGCAAAAGAUCAAGGUAAUUUUGCUCUUGAGAUCUCUGGGUUUUCUGAGAUUGAAUCAGAUGAAGAACUUGCAGCAAAAGUUACUGAGUUGGCAUCUUUAGUUCGAGACUGUGUCAAUGGUUUGACUUUUAAUGAUACACACUCUUACAUGGCGUUUGUUUCAAAGAAAAUUGGGGAAGGUGUUGGUCAAAUUUUUGAUGUACUGGCGAAUUCUUUUGAAUCUUACGACAAAGGAAGAAAGAGUUUCAUGAUUGACUAUCACUUACUUGGAAAGGGAUAUAUACCUGAGACGAGAUUUGUUCUUGGCAAAAUUAUUUUGAAAACCAUUAGUGUUAGGCUUGUUGGAGGAGAGGGGGAGGUUGAUGAGGAGAAGAAAAUUAAGUCACUGUUGGACUCAGUUGAGGAAAGUUGCCACCCGAGGCCCUGUGAUUUGACAGAGAAUGAAUUUUUGAGCAAGAAAAAUAGAAAGCAUAGUCUAACAAUUCCUGACUCGGAAUCAAAUCUAGAGAGAACCAAAAAGCAGAAGUUAUCUGGGAAGGAACACAGGCUUUCUCAGCAGAAGCUAAAUAUGAACAAGCAGGACAAGUUCUCAAAAGAGGACAGCCACCAGAAAGGUAAGGAACUCCAGAAUUUGGUUGAGACUUGCCUAUUAGCUGAAGAAGAAACAAUGAUGACACAAGAAAACAUAUCAGAGAAGAAAGAUUGCCAUUCAUCAUUAAAGGAGGUGAUCUCUAAGAAGAUCAAUAGACAUAAGAACGUAGUUAAGGAGAAGAACAGCAGUCGGCCUCCACUCUCUAGUCUCUUCAGAUAG